GGUGGUGUUGCUGGGGAUGACGAAGGACUACAUCGCUCUCGUUCCUGAGGCCAACGGCGUCACCUACGUCGGGAAGCGGAAGCUGCUGGAGUACUACUUGAAGGAUGAGGUGAUGAUGCCUCACGACGAGGCUAACUACAGCGGACAGGUGGUGAAGCUGACCUUCCAGAACCUGUCCACCUUCUACAUCACCUCCACCUACGUCCCCACCUUCAUCAUCGUCGUCAUCGGCUACCUCGUCUUCUUCUUCCCCGUCGACGACUUCAACGAGAGGAUCAUGGUCGCCCUCACGGCUCUGCUCGUAGAAGCUGCUUUUUUUACUCAGACGAGCGCCAGCAUCCCCCAGACUGCUUAUCUCAAGCUGGUCGACAUCUGGUUUGUUUACUGCAUCAUCAGUCUCUUCCUGGUGGUGGUCACCGUCGCCUUCCUCAACUGGUGCAAGAAGUGCGCCCCGGCCUGCGUGCUGGGCGUGGGCCCUUACACCAGCGGCGCCCGCAAGGUCUUGGCUGCCCGACGGGCGGCGCUGGCCACCUCUCUCAACCUCCUGUGCCGGUUCCUGUGUCCAGUCCUCACGGCGCUCUUCCUCAUCUUCUACCUCGUCAUGGCCGCCCUCAUCGACAUCCCUGAGUUGAAUAUACAGUUGAAUCGAUAAAGAAACGUAUACUGUGUGGGGUGUUAAGGUACACUUGGGAGUUGUAGGUAAUAAAGUGGGUUUAUGAACAACCCAGCGGGUUUUCUUCCUAUUGGGGAGUGUUGUACAUGCUGCUAUGGCGGUAUGUUCACUCACAAGAUGAGUGGCGCUGCCCAAUAAACUCGCCCCUCGGGGCAAAAUUUAAAUUUACACGAGUUGGUCUAAGGACUGUGUUUAUUAUAUGGUAAGAAAAGAUUUAUAUUGUAAACCCUCGGGCUUUUAGGCUUUAUCAACAUUAUUUUAUAAUAUUAUGAAGUACUUCAUCAACCAGGCAAGGGCAGCUGGUACAUGUAUAAUGUUUGUACAGUAUAUGUAUAAUGUUCGUGCAACGCGUGUAUAAUGGUCAUACAACAUGUGUAUAAUGUUCAUACAUGUGUAUAAUGUUGAUACAACAUGUGUAUAAUGUUCAUACAUGUGUAUAAUGUUGAUACAACAUGUGUAUAAUGUUCAUACAACAUGUGUAUAAUGUUGAUACAACAUGUGUAUAAUGUUCAUACAACAUGUGUAUAAUGUUCAUACAACAUGUGUAUAAUGUUCAUACAACAUGUGUAUAAUGUUCAUACAACAUGUGUAUAAUGUUCGUUCUAAGCGUUAUCCUGAUAUAGAAUAUUAUUGCUUCUUAGUAAAUAUAUUUACUUAAGCAAUUAAUGUUAACGUGGUAAGUCUUGUCUCUAGCGUAUACAGUUUAAAGCUUGCUAGAGCUCAAGCUUUGGACGUCCAGAGUGAAGUAAACGUUUAACACCGAGAAUGUGGAGAGAGAAACCGAGAAUAUGAAGAAAAACACCGAUAAUGUGGAGAAAAACACCGAUAAUGUGGAGAAAAACACAGAUAAUGUGGAGAAAAACGCCGAUAAUGUGGAGAAAAACACCGAUAAUGUGGAGAAAAACGCCGUUAAUGUGGAGAAAAACGCCGAGAAUAUGGAGAGAAACACCGAUAAUGUGGAGAAAAACACCGAUAAUGUGGAGAAAAACGCCGAUAAUGUGGAGAAAAACGCCGAGAAUAUGGAGAAAAACACCGAGAAUAUGGAGAAAAACACCGAGAAUGUAGAGAGAACCAUAUUCUCCGAAGAGCUCCCAGGCCUGCCAACAGACAAUCUGGGUCGUGUGGAAACGACUCACAAUGUAUUAGGUACAGUAUUGGGUAUUGUAUCAAUGUAUUAGAUGAUGAUAUAACCAUUUACAAAACAAAUUACAUAGAUAACUCGUUGAUGAGAGUUACUGAUGCUAUUUAUACCUUGGCUGUCGUUAUUCGCCUGUCUUAAUUAGCCAGUAACCUGGACCAGAAAAACAUUUAAGUAAUCACUAACGAAACCUGUACAUCUUUCGACAAUCAUGGAGGCUUUGUUUACACUUAUGAACACGUUUAUGAGCUCCGAAUUACUACGAAGUUGUUUAUAACAGUAAUAUAACCUUGAGUUGUGAAGUUGUGAUGCUCGUAAACUGUUUAAUAAACGUAGACAAAGCCGCCAGGAUUGUUAGAAGAUGUACAGGUUUCGUAAAUAGCUGCUUAAUCAUUGUUGAGACCAAUGUAUACCACGCACACACAUGUUUAUGCUUUACAUAUAUAUAUUCUCAACAAGUGUAUGGUCCACAACUGUGUGCUUCACGCAUGUGUUCUACACAUGUAAUUAUCAUAUAAAGUCAAAUAAACUAU